AUGCAGAUAACGCCUUAUUUCGAUUUAUCCCACUUCAUCUUCAGUGUGGGUUUGGUUUAUAAAGUUUUUUUAAACCAAGCUAAUCUUAUCGACCUCUCAAAACAGUUGUUUAAGGCUGAUGUAAUUGUUAAUACAACAAUAAAUGACAACAAUAAAUUUGACAAAAACGACAAUUUUUCGAUCAAAUGUGUCAACAACAUUGAUAACCGACUAAGAUCUAAUAGCUCUCCCGAAAAUAAAUACUUUGAAACCUCGUCUCAAUUAAAAACUGAUGAUAGUUUUGCAUGUAGUUUUUGUAUUCCGGAAAAUAAUGUUACUAAAGAUUUUUACAACGAUAAAAAAUCAUCCAAUAGACAGAAUGAUAUUGCUACUUUUGACAUAUUAAAAGACUCAAAGUUAACAAAUUACCAAAUGCAUAUGGAUCAAACUAAUAACGAGUCAUCAAAAAUGUUAUCGGAUGUCAAGUUACGUUUGAAACUUAAAUCCAUAGAAUCUUUAACGGAAAAUAGUUCAGAUGACUUUACGUUCGGGGAAAACUUUUUAAAGGAUGGAUAUGAUGACGAUGAUAGUGAUGAUAGUGAUGGUGAUAGCCCCAAAGAGUCUUUUCUUAUCGAUAAUGAAAAGUUUGAUAUUGUAGGUGAAUUAUUACAUUUUCCAUUGAUAUCGAAGAAACAAAAUUUUUCUCUCAGAGGAAAUUACGAUUUUCUUUCUAAUAAAACUUCAACUUGUAAAAAUAUGUCUUCAACAUCUUUUGAUGAUUUGUCGUUUCAAAAUAUAAAUUUUAACAUAAAAACCCGAAAACAUAGUUCUCCUAAUCUGUUUUCAUCGCAAGAAACUCUAUUUGAAUCAAAAACUCAAUCGUGUGUUGGAAAAACAAGUGCAAAAAAUAUGCUCACACGUGAGGGAAACAAAAAGGAUAACAAUUUUUUUGAAAUUUUGCAAUCUGUUCGACUUAAGCGUCACUCUGUGGCAAUUGAAAAAUUAUGCAGCAAAUCGUUGACAAAAUUAAUGGAAGAUAUAACAUUUCGUCAAAAAUUUCUAUUGAGAAAGUCAUUUGACUACCAAUGUGACUACCAUUAUAUUGUAAAUAAACCAGGUGUUUUGUUAGUACCAAUCACAAACGUGGAUACUUAUAGGAAAGACGUUUCAAACAUUCAUCUAAACAGUAAAGCUGCACUGGUAAGGAUUUUUGUUUAA